AUGAGAAAGGCUUUGCUAUCCUUUUUGGCAGUGUCUGCCACCUGCAGCAAUGCAUUCACAAGUCUACCACAGAACCGGGCGUUCACGGCAACGUCCUCCAAGUCAUCACUGUCCAUGGCUGAUCUUCCCGUCCGAAAGCUUGGAAUCUUUGGUGGUGGCACCGUUGGUGGAGGUAUUGUAGAGAUUAUCCAAAAGAAGCAAGAUUAUUUCAAGGAAUUGACGGGACAUGGCAUUGAGGUUGCCAAAAUAUGUGUCAGGGACGCCAGCAAAAAGCGUGACUUUGAUGUCCCCAGCGGCUGCAUAGUGACGGAAAAUUACGACGACAUUUUGGAUGAUGACUCGAUCGAUAUGGUGGUUGAAGUCAUGGGUGGUACCACUGACGCAAAGGAUGUUGUGUUCAAAGCCCUUAGCAAGGGAAAGGACGUCGUGACGGCCAAUAAGGCAUUGAUUGCCAAGGACUUGCCCGAAAUUGAGGAAAAACUAGAGCAAUGCCCCGGUGCCGAAUUCCGAUAUGAAGCUGCCGUCUGUGGAGGAAUUCCCAUUAUUCGAUCCAUGCAAAGUGAUUUCCCCGGUGAUGACAUUGACAUGCUUAGUGGAAUCAUCAAUGGAUGCACAAACUUCAUGUUGACCUCCAUGGACAAGGGUGGAAAAUCAUAUGACGAGGCCUUGGCAGAGGCUUCUGCAUUGGGUUAUGCAGAAGCUGACCCAACCUUGGAUGUUGGUGGAUUCGACGCUCGGUCCAAGCUACGAAUUUUGAUGAGAUUGGCUUUUGGUAUUGAUGUCGACGAGGAGGACAUCGCCUGCCGUGGAAUCACUGAGCUGAGCAAACUUGAUUUUGAUUAUGCCAAGAUGAUGGGAGGAACCAUCAAACUCGUUGGUGUUGCCAAAAAAGUGGAUGAGGAGAGUGUAGCUGCAUUUGUAUCUCCCUGCUACGUCACAUCAGACGAUUCCCUUUCUUCCGUCAAUGGAGCUACCAAUGCCGUCGAAGUUAUUUCCUCCAACUUGCAAUCCUCAACCUACAUUGGACAAGGUGCCGGCCGAUACCCCACCGCCAACAGUUGCAUCAAUGAUAUCGUUGCACUGGCCAAGGGCGACAAAGCUCCUAUGCCCUUCAACCCGUUUGGCAAGGGCAAGAAAUUUGUCAACAGCUACGAUUCAGUCUUCUACAUUCGCCUGUCCUACACUGAUGCAUUGGGUAUCACCCGUCAGUGUGGAGAAAUUUGUGAAAAGCAUGGAGUAUCCAUCCAUUCUAUUUUGCAAAACCCAGUCACCAGCAAAACUGAUGCUGCAUUUGUACUCGUUACGGAAAAGGUCCCCCUGGACAGCGUCAAAAAGGCAGCCAGUGAUUUCGAGGAACUGGAUUGGUGCAAUGGGCCAGUCUUUUACAUGCCUGUUCUCCGCGAAGAUUGGGUAGAAGCAAUGUCUGUGUAA